UAACGGCAGCCCUAGACCGGUGGGGGUUGGGGGGGCUGCAGGCUCAACACGCAGAUGCGCGUCCUGCGUGCUGACCUGGUCUUCGGAGUAGGUGUGUCACUGGUGUCGCCAGGCACCAGUGUAUAGAGUCUGGACCCGUUAACGGCUGUGGUGGGACCCCGCGUGUUCUCCGUUCUUUCCAGGGAUGAGUCGUACGACGGUGGGAAACGCGCUGGGCGGUGUAGACCAGCAGUUUUCUGGUCUCGACCUGAACGCUUCUGGUCAUCAGAGUGGGGGAGCGAGUGGAGCCAGCAAAGGACGUUACAUCCCUCCUCACCUCAGGAACAGAGACGCAUCCAAAGGACUCUCGGAUAGGGAAAGCUCAGCAUGGAGCUGCGGUAGAGACAAGGAUGCCUACAGCAGUUUUGGGUCUCGUGAUUCGCGGGGCAAGUCCAGUUACGUCAGUGAUCGUGGAAGUGGAGCGAGGGGAAGAUUUGAUGACCGUGGGCGGAGCGGCUGUGACAGCGCGGGCAGCCGCGACAGAGCUGGCUUUGGCAAAUUUCAACGGAGUGAACAUAGUCGCUGGUGUGAGCGAUCGGAUGAAGACGAUUGGUCAAAACCACUUCCACCCAGUGAACGCUUAGAACAGGAGCUCUUCUCAGGAGGAAAUACCGGGAUUAACUUUGAGAAGUACGACGAUAUACCAGUAGAGGCAACUGGCAACAACUGCCCUCCACACAUUGAAAAUUUCAGUGAUGUCGACAUGGGUGAAAUUAUCAUGGGGAACAUUGAGCUCGCUCGUUAUACUCGUCCGACUCCAGUGCAAAAACACGCAAUUCCUAUUAUCAAAGAAAAAAGAGACUUAAUGGCUUGUGCUCAAACAGGGUCUGGGAAAACGGCAGCGUUUCUUCUACCCAUCCUGAGUCAGAUAUAUACGGAUGGUCCAGGAGAGGCUUUAAAGGCUGCAAAAGAAAACGGAAGGUAUGAGCGCCGCAAGCAGUACCCACUCUCCUUGGUGUUGGCCCCAACGAGAGAACUGGCAGUACAGAUCUACGAGGAAGCCAGAAAAUUUUCAUACCGGUCUAGAGUUCGCCCUUGUGUAGUUUAUGGCGGUGCUUGCAUUGGCCAGCAGAUCCGAGACUUAGAACGCGGAUGUCACCUACUCGUUGCCACUCCAGGACGUUUGGUGGAUAUGAUGGAAAGAGGAAAAAUUGGAUUAGACUUCUGCAAAUACUUAGUAUUAGAUGAAGCUGACAGGAUGCUGGAUAUGGGAUUUGAACCUCAGAUACGGCGCAUAGUAGAACAAGAUACUAUGCCACCAAAGGGUGUCCGUCACACUAUGAUGUUUAGUGCUACCUUUCCUAAGGAGAUACAGAUGCUUGCUUGUGACUUCUUGGAUGAAUAUAUCUUUCUGGCUGUAGGCAGAGUAGGCUCUACUUCUGAGAACAUCACCCAGAAAGUAGUUUGGGUGGAUGAGAUGGACAAACGGUCAUUUCUGCUUGAUCUCUUGUGUGCAACAGGAAAAGACUCACUGACUUUAGUGUUUGUGGAGACCAAAAAGGGUGCAGAUUCUCUGGAGGAUUUCUUAUAUCAUGAAGGUUUUGCCUGUGCCAGCAUUCAUGGAGACAGAUCGCAGAGAGAUCGAGAGGAAGCACUUCGCCAGUUCCGCUUGGGGAAAAGUCCAAUUCUGGUUGCUACAGCUGUGGCAGCCAGAGGUCUAGACAUUUCAAACGUGAAACACGUUAUCAACUUUGAUUUGCCAAGUGACAUUGAGGAAUAUGUGCAUCGCAUUGGUCGUACAGGGCGUGUAGGAAACCUUGGCCUUGCCACCUCCUUCUUCAAUGAAAGAAAUGCAAACAUCACAAAGGAUUUGUUGGAUCUUCUUAUAGAAGCUAAACAAGAGGUCCCAUCUUGGUUGAAAAAUAUGGCUUUUGAACAUCAUCACAAGGGGAGCAGUCGUGGACGUUCUAAGAGCAGAUUCACUGGAGGAUUUGGUGGCAGAGACUACCGACAAAAUAGUGGUUCUGGCAGUUCUUGCAACAAUCGUGCCAGCAGUAGCCGCAGUGGUGGAGGUAGUCAUGGUAAUAGCAGAGGAUUUGGUGGAGGUGGCUAUGGAGGCUUCUACAGUAGUGAUGGGUAUGGUGGGAAUUAUAACUCCCAGAGUGUUGACUGGUGGGGCAACUGAAUCUCUUUUGCUAUAGUCAUCAUCCUUUCAUACAAGAUAAUAUGGUAACCACAUGUGACUUAGCCAGACUAUUUUACGUGUAGCUUCAAGAAUCGGCAGUACUUUACCAACUGCAAUUCUCCUAAAACUUUCAAGAGCAAUCUGGUCUAUAAGUUAACCUUGGCACACAGGUGUGAUUGGAUUUAGCAAGGAUAAUUCGUCAGUAUAUAAGAAGGAAAGUCUAGUGCAGUAGCCUUUGUUAGGGUUUUGAUACUUGCAGACCCUGGAAGGCAGAAAGACAUUUUGAAACAUAAUUAUUUUCUAA